AUGUCAAAUAAAGUUCAAUAAGAAUUAGUUGAAACUAUCUCAAAAAAAAUAUUCAAAGAAUGUUUAAUCUAAAGGCCAUCAAUUAAGGAAUUGGUUAAGUUGAUCUUCAGUUAGAAAAAGUACUUCUAAAAUUUCGAGUAUUUAAGCAGUGGCGCUUAUUCUCUUGUCUUAAAGGCUUACAAUUCUAAACAAAAACGCCAAGUAGCUCUCAAAUUCUUAGGGAGCUCAAACGAAGAGGAUAAUAAUGGCAUCGAAUCUUUGAAAAAAGAGUAUGAACUACUUCAAAAAUUUAGCAAAUCAUAAUUUUUAGUUAAUGUCUACGAUUGCUUUUAUUUAAUGGAAGAACAAGAAGAUAAAGAUGAUGAUGGAAACAAUAUAGUCGUUUAAACUGGAGUCAAAUCCUUCUUUGUAAUGGAAAUGGAGCUCUGUGAGUAUAAUCUCAAAUAGCUCCUUGAUAUACUUAGAAAAUAAUAAGUUCCACCUGAGAAAGAGAUCAAGGAAAUAAUAGCGAUUCAAAUGAUAGAAGGGCUUAAUAAUCUUCACGUCAAAAAUAUUAUGCAUAGGGAUAUAAAACCUUAAAAUUUCCUUGUUUGUUCUUCUUAGGAAUAUGGUUUCUCAAUCAAACUAUGUGAUCUAGGCUUUGCAUCAGCUUUGUCUAAAUCAAAAAGUUUCGUGUCUAAGAAAGGAACUGAUGCUUAUUUUGCUCCAGAAGUGGAAUAAGGAAAAUCUAGAAUUCAGUCCGACCUAUUUUCACUAGGCCUCGUUUUAUUAGAGCUUGACAAUCUUAAGACUCUAAAUGAGAAUUGGAUAGAUUUCGAAACUAAAAAAUAUCUGUUUGAUGGAUAAGAAAUACCUAAUGAAAAAUAUGAGAUAGAUAAGAAAUCUAAUAUUUACAAAAUAGCUUAAAUAUGCUUAAAGCAUAGGUAUUUAGACAGGACUACAGCAGGAGAAUUAUUAUCUUAACUCAUCUAAAUGCAUGUCUAACCAUUAAAAUUUUUACUGACUUCAAUGAUAAUAGAGUAAUAAAUACCUAAAUAGGCACAGUAAAUGUUAGAUAAAAAUAAUCAAUCGUAAAAUGAAAUGCAUAAUUAAUUUGACAAGGAUGCUUAGUAAAUUCUAGAUAAUACCAAUGAGAAAAUCCUACAAAAAGAUUCUUGUGCACAAUUUACAAAAGUGGAAAUAUUAUCUAAUCUGCUGAAAAGCCUCUAUUAACAUUAAAAAUAUUAGAAUGACUUUCAAAUUCUUAGCUUUGGAAACUAUGGAAUGGUAUUGGCUACUAAAAAAGCUAUGCUUAACAAAGAAAUAGUGCUAAAAAUACAAAAAAUAGAAGAUGAAUAACUAAUCUAAAAUGAAAUUAGUAUUAUGUAGAAAUUAAAAGAGCCAUUAGUGGUAUAGCUUUAUGAUAGUUACAUAAUUGAAAAUACAUUAGGACCUGAUAGAUACUCAGUCUUUGAAUUAGAAAAAUGUUCAUGUUCAUUAGAUGAAUAUCUUGAAAGAUCAAACAAAGAUGGAUAAAUUAACGAAGAUGAUAGAUUUUAAAUAGCAAUCUAAAUUAUAGAUUCUGUCAAUUAUAUUCAUUCAUUUAAUAUCAUUCAUAGAGAUAUUAAACCAGAAAAUUUUUUGGUUUAUUUAGAUGGAAAAUAAGCUGAAAUAAAAUUAUGUGAUUUCGGUUUAUCUGCUUAAAUUCCAGAUAAUAGUGAUUCAAUUCAAACCAUAGAACCCAUAGGAAAUUUUGGAUAUUCAGCACCUGAAAUAUUAAAUAAAAAGGAUAAUGAACUUAAGAUUUAUACAAAGAAAUCUGAUUCAUAUUCAGUAGGGCUAUUGCUAGCUUUAUUAGAUAAUUAUUAAGUUCUGAAGACAAAUACUUCUUUAAAUUUUGCAUUAAUGACACAAAAGCAGUUAGAUUAGCCUUUCGAAAAAUCUAAUAUUUUAAUUAACAAAAAUUCAUAAAUUUAUAAAUUUAUUAACCUUCUUGUUGUUUCUGAUAGUUAUUAGAGGGCAUCUCUUUAUGAUAUAGUAGAAAAAAGUGAUAUAACAUUCUUUUCAAAUUCAAAAAAAACGAAAUUAAUCCUACAAAAAACUCUUUUGAUGUAAAAUGAUAAAUAAUUAGAGCAAAAUAAGACUAUAGUAAUUUUUUAUCGAAAGGAUUUGAAUAAAAUUUAUAACCACAAUAUUGUUAAGAUACAUUUAAGUGGAUGUAUUAUUGGUAUUGGUGCAUAGGUUGCAAAAGAUAUAGGAACAGGAAUAGCGUAGAGCUAGAAUAUCACAAGUUUGACAAUCAAUUUAGGAUAUAAUAGUAUUGGUGAUGUGGGUGCAAAAGAUUUAGGCACAGGAAUAGCUUAGAGCUAGAAUAUCACAAGUUUGACACUCGAUUUACAUUAUAAUAUUAUUGGUGCAUAGGGUGCAAAAGAUUUAGGUACUAGAAUAGCGUAGAGCUAGAAUAUCACAAGUUUGACACUCAAUUUAGGCUAUAAUAAUAUUGGUGCAUAGGGUGCAAAAGAUUUAGGCACAGGAAUAGCGUAGAGCUAGAAUAUCACAUGUUUGACACUCGAUUUAAGUGGAAAUAUUAUUUGUGCAUAGGGUGCAAAAGAUUUAGGCACAGGAAUAGCGUAGAGCUAGAAUAUCACAAGUUUGACACUCGAUUUAAGUUGUAAUAGUAUUGGUGAUAAGGGUGCAAAAGAUUUAGGCACAGGAAUAGAGUAGAGCUAGAAUAUCACAAGUUUGACACUCGAUUUAAGUUGUAAUAGUAUUGGUGAUAAGGGUGCAAAAGAUUUAGGCACAGGAAUAGCGUAGAGCUAGAAUAUCACAAGUUUGACACUCAAUUUAGGUGGAAAUAUUAUUGAUGACGAGGGUGCAAAAGAUUUAGGCACAGGAAUAGCGUAGUGCAAGAAUAUCACAAGUUUGACACUCGAUUUAAGGGAUAAUUAUAUUGGUGAUGUGGGUGCAAAAGAUUUAGGCACAGGAAUAGCGUAGAGCUAGAAUAUCACAAGUUUGACACUCAAUUUAGGUUUGAAUAGUAUUUGUGAUGAGGGUGCAAAAGAUUUAGGCACAGGAAUAGCGUAGAGCUAGAAUAUCACAAGUUUGAAACUAAAUUUAUGCAACAAUAAGAUUAUUAAUUUAUAAAAAUAUCAAUUUGAAGAGUAAUUAAGAAAUUAAUUAAAAAAAUAAGAAGUAAAAAUUAAUAUAUAUUUCUGA